AUCAAGAAUGCUGAUAUUUUUUGAAAAUUGACUCCAUGUCAUAGUUUCUAAAAUAAACCUGACAAUUAGAUGCUGGAGUGUUAGGAAUGAGUUGUGUUGACUAACUUUUGAACUAGCACUGGUUGGUUAGCAUGCGGCCACCAACGUUAUUUGACACAAAGCUGGUAACCAUGGGCAACCUGAUCAAGGAGAAAGCCGCGCGGUGUGUUGGGAGCUUUGUUAGCGGGUUUGUUGUGGUUGGAAAACCAUGGUGACGCGAGGCUCCAGCUCUGCAGGCUCUGUCUGCACUCGCCCUGCGUGCACUGAUUAUUAGUACUGCUUCCAGUGUCUCCAGUUCCCCAGUACCGAGGAGACUAUCUAGACUAUCACCAGCCUAAUUUUUAAACUUCCUCUGCUAUGUCUUUCAAAGUGGCUAUUGAAACUGGCAAGACACUAAAAAAGAUGCAGAAGACCUCCUUGCCUUGAUGACAGAAACCGAGCUCAGGGCUGAUACCCAAAGGAGGUCGCAGUUGGAUGGAAAAGAGGAGGCACAAAAAAGCAGGGGUUCUGUUCAGGACCCCUGCAACGGGCUGCACCUCACCCGCUAGUACUGAGAUGUCUGAGGAUGCUCAGGAGGAUGAGGAUGAAGAACAGUCCCAGAGAGAGGAUGAUUUCGGCAGUCAGAUGGAUGAGAAUGGCAUCAUUGGGCUCACAGAGGCCCUGGAGGAUGUGCAGCUGGGGGAAACCUGUGGUGAUACACAUCCUGACUGUGAACUACCUGGGUGUUCUCCACACCGUACCCCAGAGAGAGAAGGCCCCAUGGGAUGUUUGGGAGAUUUACAACAUGAAGAGCUAAACUACAACCUUAGUGGACAUCUGUACUGUACUGAACCAGCUGGAGGAGAUCUGCAAGCGUGGUCAUCCUGUGAGUCAAGAUCCAGUAGAGAUGACAUGGUGAAGCACAGGACAAGGAAUCUUUUCAAUGAUGACAAAUGCAUGGAGAAGGAAGAUAAAGAAGAAGGGACGGAGAGAGAUAGAAAUGACAAGAAACAUCAAUUUGCUGAGAGAUUAGGACACUUUGGAGCUACUGCUACUUUGGCUGAAGGCUAUAUUAGCAAUAGACACAAUGAGGAGAUGAGCUCAAAGCAAUCCUGUUGUGGUCACCUUUCAGGUCUAGGACCUUCAGGACAUUACUGCCAAGAUUCUCAGUCUGCUUCGCCGGUCACAGCUUCCUUUUGGCCCCAGCGGUUUCAUGUCACUGCAGAAGAACUGGCUGCUGCCCGAGGAAUUGAUGCAGAGACAUUUCCAGAAAUGAGCUUCUCAGAGAGACAUCCUGAAUCAAACUGCAGCUAUUCAGGCAGCAAGUCGAGUUCUCGCUGCGAAGAGAUAAAUCAUCGGGCUUCUCCUCUGUCUGCAGCAUCAUUUUCUGAACAAGUCAUCUCAAAUCAUCACAGCAGGUUAAGUAAUGGCGCUACCGAAGAAUCUGAUAAACAUCACAAUGGUACUCCCUCACCAGGGAAGUCAAGGAAACUCUCUCCUGAAGCUUCAGUUGAGACAAACACCUCCAUAUCCAAACAGCAGAGCAAAGCUGGGAAUGACGGUGCCAAAGUGGAUGGAUCCAGAAAAGGAUUCCUGAGCUUUCACACACCAGACUUCUCCAGAGUGGAACCCAAGGUUCGCUUCCCCAGAGAUGGUUAUAAGCCUCCCAGGAGCAAACGCUCGUCGACAAUGAAGUCCCUGUCACCUGAGCUUCCAUUGGAACAGCUCCAGGAAGACUAUAACAGACUGCUGACUAAGCUGGCGGAGGCAGAGAACACCAUUGAUCGCCUGCGUCUGGAAGCCAAGGUAAACCUGUACUCAGACCUUCCCAAACCCAGCCACUCUGUACAUUCAGGACUAAAGGAUAACGCUUCCAAGUUCCUGAAGCUGGAUCUGUCCCAGCUUCAGAGAGCUGAGAUCAGCUCCACGUCCCUUCAUCCAAAUGGACUGGGCACUCAACAGGGAAGUUCAGAUGCCUGUCCUUCCACCAGAGGCCCGGACAUUCAGUUAGGGAAACAGCUGUCUGAUAUUAUUUUCGAUCUGGCUGGCAAGUUCCUUCAGCAGAUGCAAGCUUUUGAAGAUCUUCUUAAAAGUGAAAAACUCAACUCAUUUGAAAAGACGAAGGGUCUUGCUCAGCUCACCAAAGACCUCGACUCCUUAGAAACUGGCUACCUUUUAGCAAGAGACGAACACAAGCUCCUGCAGCAGAGAGGAGUAGAAACCUCCCACUUUGACCCUGGGCGGGAGUUGGAGGGGCUGAUCUUUCAGUGUGGGGUGCGCAUGGAAGAGCUGAAGGAGCAGGUGGAACAGCCGCAGCAUGAGCAACCCGCCAGCGAGGCCUUUUCUUCUCCAACACUUCAAUCCAGCCCUUCAUUUGACUCCUGUGAUGGUGGAGAAAUGCUCUUUCAUCCUCUGAGUCCAAUUCUUCCUUCUCUGGUUGAUCCUGGCAAAGAAGCAAAAAUUGCUAAAAGAAGCAACAAAGAGGAGGUGCAGGAUGAAGAAACCCUUCAUUCUCCUGACCACAGACCCCAGACUACCUCUAUUGUUCAAGAUUUCACAGAGCCUGUUGAUAACCAGCGACGCUUCAAAGAACUGUCUAAAAAUGUUCCCCACUCUGCCACAUUAAAAUGUGACAUGCAGCAUGGGGACAAAGAGGAGGAGCAGCAAGCCGCAGGAGAUAUAAGACGUGUGGUCUGGAGAACUACCUCACCAAGCAAUCCUCAACACACCAGCUCCAGUCCUCCUCUGGUCAGCCAGUCCACCAUGCUUCCGGUUCUGCUUCCCCGCAGCAGAAGGAGGUUGUGGAGUCCCCCCAGCAGCAGUCAGAGCAGCUUAGCAGAUAUCACUGCGUCACAAAAACAGAGCUCCAAGGAUGACAUGGGAAGCAAGAGAGUGCUCUCUCAGGACGGGAUCGUGUCUCCAGAGACAGACAGUGGGUUUGUUGGGUCAGAGACCAGCCAUCUUCCGUCUGCAGCAGCUCCUGGUCUUCUCCACCAGAGGGCGUCAGAGAGUGUUUCAAUUUCUCAAGAGGGAAGCUCCAGGAGAUGUGAAACAGGCCCAGCAGCUGCAUCACCUCCUCCUCCCACUGUGUCUCACAGACCUAUAGUCCAGAAACACAGAGUGGACUCUCAGCCCGGCCACAGACCGUCAAGGAGAACGAGACAGGGGCAGUGGAGGAAUACACAGCAACAGAUAAAUCAUACAGAACCAAAGCCCGCUAGCAGUGGAUCCAGUGAAUUUGGGCCAGAAAGUGACAACAUUCACACUGGAUCUGAAGUAGAACAUAGUGACCCGUACGCAACAUCAGUCAAUUCUCUCCGUAGCUCCCACACAAGCUUCUCGCCAGCUGCACUCUGUCACCAUGGCGAUUCUCUGAGAGCACAGCGAUCCGGUCCGGCUGCAGAUUACAAUGAAGCGAUGCAGGAAGUGCUGGCAUUGAAGGCUGAGGUUACCAAACUGCAGGAGAAAGUAGAUAGCCUUGUGGGAAGUGAGAAUCGUCCCAGCGCUGUGACUCCAGCACCAGCUCAGCAGAACUGUUCUCAUCACGACACAUCGACACCUCACAUUUGGAGGCAAAAGAGUGAAGUCAACCAGGGAUGGAGAAAAACGAAGACAGUUGAUGGAGUGGAGGAUGAUUUUGCACAAAGAGCAACAACAAAGGAGAGAUCAGUCUCUGCACAAACACAAACGCCACUACACGAUAUCUUGAGAAGUUCAGAUGUGGAGUUCUCCGAGGCAAAGCCUCAGCCUGCGGUGUCCAGAUGUACUCAAACAUCUGUAACAUCAGGCAGUUUUUACCCUGCUGUCUUCAGCCAGGGAACGCAGACCAGACAACAUCCUAUGUCUGAAACAGCAUAUGAACUUGAUAGCAGAGCUCCAUCUCCCCGCAGUCUUCAUUGUUUGUCAAGUUUCAGAGGACACGAUGAACGUGGAGGCGACAGAGAGCAAAUGCGUCCAUCCUCCUGCUGUCACCGCGGUCCUGCUGCAGACUCUCACAAACGAGACGCUUCCACACAAUUACACUCCCCACCAGCCAAACCUCCCGAUGGAGCAGCCGGCAGCAGAUAUGUUGGAGAUGCAACCCCAACCACGCUGCUCCAUUGCAUGCCGGUGUACACACCGCAGCUCUUGUUGUACUCGGGGUCCUUGGACACUUCUCCAAACAAGAGCACAGAUGCUUCCUCGGGGCUCAGAAGCACCGAUGUGAGGAGGAGGAGGAGGAAGACGAGAACCUCGCUGUCGGUUGAAGAGGACUCCGACUUGGGUGUCUCUCUGAGCAGAGCCGUCAGAGCUGCUCAACACAUGAAACACACCGCUAGACACAUGGCUGACUCUAUGGCCAUGGGCCUGUAAUACCAGAAGCGACUGAUGCAGAGCUGCAGCAACUCAUCCAAACUGCCUUCACCAGCAGGCUGAUAACCGUGACCUCCACAGCUGCCCUGUCAGCCUGCAGACGUUACCGGGAAUUCAAUUUAGAAGAAAACCACGUUUUUGUGUGACAAAGUGAAUAAAAAUCCUAGGGUCCUUCUUUCUGUGAACGCUCUCGGGAAAACUGGGAAAGACUUUUUAAUUGUGACAUGUGGCCAAGUGUGAAUGAGUUUCUUUGGAAGGCAUACUAUCUACACCAAAAGAUUGAAAUGAUCACUUUUCAAUGAUUAAGGACCAUAAAUCAUAUUGAUUUUCAUAACCGUGAUGUACCACAGAGAAAUGUUAGACUUCAUGCACAUGUGAACAUUUGAUCCUGUAGUUAUUAUUACUUAGGACAUUGUUUCAAGCUAUUUAUUGAUCGUGCGGCCAGUUUUCUAAUUUACAGAAAUCAAAAGAUAACUAAGAUUUCAGUUUUAUUUCAUUUACUGUAUAUGUUUUACCUUACACUACUGUGCUAAGAUCAAUUCAAGCUUAAUUGUCUUCUCUGCACUCUUAUAUUCAUGAGCUCAGUUUUAAAUGGUUGUCCUUUCAAAGAACUGCAAAUGCAAGCAUUUAUUAUCCAAUAUGGCCAAACAAGGAGCUGACGUGGAUGGUAUCCUCAAAACAUAUGUCUUUGUUUGUUUUUUUAAAUCACAUUUAUAAUUUGAGUGUAUAACAUUUAGGACACUGUAAUUAUAGAAUAGGUACAUCAUUUUUAUAAUCGUGUUUUCAGCGUUGUAAAACCCCAUAAAAAAGGAGCUGCUGUUUCUUUGCCUUAGAAUGAACAA